UUACGUGAGGCUGGAAAGCGGCGAGCGCCCUGUUGCAGUCUGGAAGCGACGGGGGGAGGGUGCUGUUUGGCGCAGUACGAAUCGUGGGCGGCUGUCUCUGCUUUCUUUCAAUCCUAUCUUCCACGAGCGAGGUUUGUUUUCUGGUUUUUAAGAAGGUGUGUUAUAUCUCGCCUUUUUAUAGAUCGGAGUUUCUUUGCUGGGAUUCAUAGGCAGGAAUAUAAUCGCACAAUGAGUUCGAUCAAUGUAAAAAAGCUGAAAGUAAAUGAGCUGAAGGACGAGCUCAAAAAACGGCAGCUUUCCGACAAGGGGCUGAAGGCCGAGCUGAUGGACCGGCUGCAGGCCGCGCUCGACGAAGAGGCCAAAGCCGGGGGCGAUUUCCCCGGGCCCGGGGCUGACGAGAAUGGCGCCGAGGCUGGAUACGACGACAGCGCAGCUCCCGUCGACGAGAUGGCCGAGGAGUUGGAGGAAGACGUAGCCGGGGAGAGCAUGGAGGCCGAUGCGUUGGAGGAGGAAGGAGACGGGGGCGAAGCGGAGGCCGAUGACAACGUGGAGGGAGGCUGCGGAGACGCCGCCGAGCAGCAGGACGACGAGAUGGGUGACGAGGAUGAGGACAUCGGGGAAGAGAUGGACAAACUGAACGAAGACGAGGAUGCCCUGCUCAAGGAAGACGACGAGGACAUGGACAAGCUGGACGACGACGAUGGUCUUGCCGAGUCCCAGCCGGCCGAAGGGGAUGCCGACAAAGACAAGAAUGCUGAACAGAAGAAUAAGAAGGGUGUUAAGAGACGUCGGGAGGAACAUGGAAGGGGCUACUUUGAAUUUAUUGAAGAAAGCAAAUACAGCCGGGCUAAGUCUCCACAGCCCCCCUUGGAGGAGGAAGACGAGGAAUUCGAUGACACCACUGUCUGUCUUGACACUUACAACAGCGAUUUGCACUUCAAAGUGUCUCGGGACCGAUACAGCGCCUCUUCUCUCACUAUGGAAAGCUUCGCUUACCUGUGGGCUGGGGGCAGGGCUACGUACGGAGUGGCUAAGGGCAAAGCCUGCUUUGAAAUGAAGAUAACUGAGAAGAUCCCUGUGAAACACGUGUCCAGCAAAGGCAUUGAGAUCCACGAGGUCCAAGUGGGCUGGUCUUUGGCCAGUGGGAGCUUGCUGUUGGGGGAGGAAGAGCAUUCCUAUGCCUUCUCCGUUAAGGCCAAGAAAACCGCUAACUGCGUGACAGAAGAUUAUGGAGAGAAUUAUGAUGAGAACGACGUCAUUGGCUGCUUUGCUAACUUCGAGGGGAGCGAAGUCGAGCUGUCCUUUUCCAAGAACGGCCGGGACCUGGGCGUGGCCUUCAAGGUCAACAAGGACGAGCUGGCGGGGCGUCCCCUCUACCCCCACAUUCUGUGUCACAACUGCGCUGUGGAAUUCAACUUCGGCCAGCGGGAAACACCUUUCUUCCCCCCGCUGGAGGGCUUCACCUUCUUGCAGAAGGUCUCCGUGGAGGACAGAGUCCGGGGGCCCAAGGGUCCGGAAAACAAGACUGACUGUGAGGUGAUUGUUAUGGUUGGCCUUCCUGGGGCUGGCAAGACUGCUUGGGUCAAGAAGCAUAUCGAGGAGAACCCUGGGAAAUACAAUGUCCUGGGCACCAACACUAUCUUGGAGAAGAUGAUGAUCUCUAGCUUGAAGCGACAGAUGAAGGACACCACCAAGCUGACCGCCAUCUCCCAGCGUGCUCCUCUCUUCCUGGGCAAGUUCAUCGAGAUUGCAGCUCGCAAGAAAAGGAACUACAUCCUGGACCAGACCAACGUGUCGGCUCCAGCCCAGAGGAGGAAAAUGUGCCUCUUCGCAGGCUUCCAGCGCAAAGCUGUUGUAGUCUGCCCCACAGAUGAGGACUACAAGCAGAGGACACAGAAGAAGGCCGAGUCAGAUGGCAAAGACGUCCCAGAACACGCCGUUCUCAAAAUGAAAGGUAUCUUCACCCUGCCGGAGGAGGGCGACUGUUUCUCGGAAGUCACUUACGUGGAGCUGCAGAAGGAGGAAGCCACCAAGCUGCUAGAGCAGUACAAGGAGGAGAGCAAGAGCGCUCUGCCUCCUGAGAAGAAGCCUAACCAAGGGGGUCCCUCCUCCAAGAAAGGGGGCAACCGGGGCCGAGGUGCCAAGAAUCCAUUCAACCGUGGCGGGGGACCAGGCCAGAGGGGAGGCAGGGGCGGCUUCCAGAACAGAGGCAACUUCAGGGGAGUGCCCGGACCCAGGGGGGGAUUCGUCAGGCCUCCUCGAGGUUUCCUGCCACCACCAGCUUUCAGAGGGGGCUUCGCGAACCGCGGCGCCUUCAACCGAGGCGGUGGCCCCCCUAGUCGUGGUGGGGCUCCCAGAGGAGGCACCAUGAACAGGGGCAACAUGGCCCCCAGAGGCGGCGCUAUGAGCAGGGGAAACAUGGCACGUGGAGGGGGUAACAACAGAGGCAACUUCAACCAGCCAAAAUUCCGAGGCCGAGGUGGGAACAACCGUGGCUUCAAGGAUGGCAACUUUGGUAUGAACAAGGCGCAGGCUUUCAACCAGAGCUGGCAACAGGGGUUCUGGAACCAGAAGCCCUGGAGCCAGCAGUAUCAUCCAGGAUAUUACUGACCAAUAGCAGAAGAAUGGACUGUGGCACACUGACACCCCCCACACUUUCUGUGGACACCUACAUUUAUUGUUUUUGUUUUCAUUUCCCCCCCAGCUUUUAACAGAAAGACAUUCCACAUCUUAGGAGAAGUGCCUGUGGGUUCUUUUGCAGCUUUAUGGUUUCAUCUUUUUUUUUUUUUUUUUGUGUAUAUUGGUUAUUUUAAGUCCCUUGCUUUAACUUGUCAGGAACCUCAGCAUUGAUUCAGGGUGGGAUGUUUUCAGGGUUCUGCAUUUUAUCUGUACAAUGUGAUUUUUACUGAAGUAUCAUUUUUUGCAUAGUAUCAGUUGUCCUUUAUUAGUGUAAACUUUCAACGCUUACAAAUCAGGAGUAGCUAUUGCUCCUUUUAGAAGCAUGUUGCCAUUGUAAUAAAUUGUAUUGGUAGUCUUGCAGCAUCAAAUGUGUUUCAAAUAGGUGAACCUGUGACGGUUAAGCUUUCCACACCCCUAUCCCCUUAACUUGUUGGUUAAAGACAUAAACCCUGUAAUAGCUAACAAUAGGCUAACAAUAAACGGGUUCUUUGCUUUUUUUAACUUGUAUGGCUUAUUUUUUACAAUCCAUAUCAAAGGUGCUAAGCAACCUUUGACUGAGUCGGAAUGCCACGUAUCGGUCUGCUUUGUCACCCAAGGUCAGGCCAACAGAGAGCCCCUCCAGCCAGGGAUGCUGACACUAAUGCUGUGUUUCUGCAGUGCCCCCUGGAGGUCUGGGGUUUAGGGAAUAAAGGCGCCUUUAAAAGAACCCAUCAUGAUUACAGAAGUUGAUUCAGUGUUUUCAGUCAAAGCUGUCUUUGUAAUAACCCCCAUGUUUUAAGAUGUACUGUUGUAGUGUAGAAAUACUUAUAGUGCUUUUUAUAUAUGUAAAUUAUUUAUAAAUUCAAGGCUAGAGUGCAAGCAUAAUGCUGGGACUUGCACCUUGGAAACAAGGGAAGGGGUUAGUCUGUGGUAGGGAUGUGGGUGUGUUUGAAGGGGGUCGCCCCGAUACAUAUAUCUUAUUUUGUGAAAAUUACUCCACUUCAGGUGUUUGAUAUAAAACCUUUACUUAGUUGUGUGGUUUUUUUUUUUCAUGUUAAUAAAAGGCCCAGCUUUUGUAUGUUCAUGUUGAAAAUAUAAUUCUACGAUACAAAAUAUUGAUCUGAUUUUUAUCUCUACACGAUUAACCUUUUUAUUUCAGGAUUAUACUCGUGUACGUUGCUACAGAUGCUGUAAAUAGCUUUUUUUUUUUUAAGGUUAGAUUUAAAAGAUCGGGAAGCUCCACUGACACGCUCAUCUUGCGGUUUUCUUUUAACCUUUGUGUAUAUAAGCUGAGUCUCAAGUUCUCCCUGCACACAAAUAAAAUGUUGUGUCUACAGGAGCUCACAUCCCUUUGAUCACUGACACUGUUUUUGAUUGCUUGUCUAAAAGAGGCGCUUUGAGGUGAAUUUGCGUGUUAAUGUCUGGAUGUAUGCGGAAGUAUUUGGAUGCUGAAUGAGACGGCACUGAGAUAAUGUUCCACUUUUGUAAAAUAGACAAGUUUUGUUUUUAUACCUUGAUAUGUUUUGUAUUUUGCUAUGAAAAAAUUAAAAAGAUGAGGAUGCCAA